AUGCACUACAAGUCACUCUUCCCUGACCUGCCAAAGGUCCCAGAAUCAAACGUUCACCACCUGCUCUUCAACCGGCCUGACCAGAAAGAGUGGCCAGAUUACACUUUGUUCGUGAAUGCGGCUACUGGGCAGCAACGUUCGUUCCGGGAGUUUAUCGAGCGUGUCCGCGAUGGGGCAACUGCACUAGGCGCUGAUGUAGCACAUGGUGGCCUUGGUCUUCGUCCAGAAAAUGGAGAGCUUGUGGGCAUACUAAGCGAGAACUGUCCGGAUUAUGUCGCGCUGAUGCAUUCGCUACUAGCUAUCACGGUUCCAUUUGCGCUAUUCCCAUCCGCCUUAACGCAGUACGAGUUCAAACACGCCAAUUCACUCGCGCAGGCCACCAGGAUCUUCGCUAGUCCCUCGUUACUGCUACUCGCUUUGUCCUCGGGUCUCCCAGCAGAUCGGAUCCACAUCCUAGAAGGAGAUAAUGAAGGUUACACAAGCUAUGAUCAGCUCGUCGCCUCUGCUCGCAAUAAUAGCAUUCCGCGGCUGCCAGUCCGUCAUGCUACCAAGGACACUUUGGCUUACCUGAUCUAUUCUAGUGGAACAAACGCCGUCAUGAUAUCCCACGGAAACAUCACUGGUGCCGCUCUCGGAGCGAUGUCAAGCGGUAAGGAACAGGCUAAAGUUCGACCUCCAACAGUAUGGAACACCCCUAAUGGGCUUCAGGUAACAUUCAUCGUCCUUCCAGUCUAUCACUCUCUCGGCCUCUGCACGAUCAGUUUCCUCAGUUUCCUCAAGGCUUCCACAAUUGUCAUGCUCCCGAAGUGGAGCGUCGAUUUAUUCUUCGAUAGCAUUACAAAAUACCACGUCACGACCCUGUACCUCGUCCCCUCACUUAUACACCAGCUCGUCUACCAUCCACGCUUCAAAACUGCCGAUAUGAGCUUGGUCAAGUCAGUCGCCAGCGGUGCCGCAUACCUCCCGCCCCAGCUUGCCGACCAGGUUUACGCCCGCUUCCCAGACAUGGAAAGAUUCGCAGAAGGCUAUGGUCUAUCCGAAUUCACAAUGACCGUCGCCAUGAAGCCCAUCCCUGGCCAACUCGAUGGACGCGCCAAGCCCAAGCCAGGCUCUGCUGGAAUUCUAUACCCCAGUGUCGAAGCCCGCAUUGUCCGUGCUGACGGGUCCCUUGCAGGUCCGAACGAGCCAGGUGAGCUCCACGUCCGCGGACCCACUGCGGCGCUGGGAUACAGGGGAAACGAGCAGGCCACGCGGGAAACGUUUGUCGAUGGGUGGGUACUCACAGGCGACCAGAUGCGGAUCGAUGAGGACGGGGACACCCUCAAAAUCUCAGGGAUGCAAGUCUCUCCCUUCGAAAUCGAGAACACGCUCCUCGAGCAGCCGGACAAGCUAAUCACCGAUGUGAGCGUCGCAGGUGUUUCUGGCGGGCGUACCUCGGACGAACGCAUCCCACGCGCAUGGGUCGUGUUAUCCUCGGCAGGCGCAGCGCUUGGUGAGAAAGAAGUUGUGGCACGGCUCAAUGGGUGGGUGAAGGAGCGGCUGAGUCGGCAUAAGUGGUUGAGGGGAGGUAUUGGAAUUGUGGAGACGAUUCCAAAGUCACCGACUGGGAAGGUGUUGAGGCGGGUGUUGGUGGAGGAGUAUGAAAGGGAGGUUAAGGCGAAAUUGUGA